AUGGAUAAAAAUGUUUAAACUGCUCUUGAAAAAAAUAAAGAAGUUAUCAAAAAAGUAUUAGAUAUUUAUAAAGAAGAUUCAGAAUUAAGUGUUUCUUCUACUGGCUUUACUAUUGAUUCUUCUAGUUAUAUUGAUUAAUUGAAUGAAGAAACUUAAUAAAAUGAAAGAGUUUUUGAAGGAUAUAAAGUUAAAAACUCGAUUUUAAUAAAAUCUUCUAAUUCAUAAAAGGCUGGUAAAGUGAUUGAUGAUGCUAUUAAUAAUGAAUUUAAUUCUGUUGAUUUUGUUAAAUUUUCUCCUGAUGAUAAAUAAAUAGAAUUAGCUAGAUAAAAACUACUAAGCGAAGCAGUUAAAGAUGCCAGAAAAAAAAUAGAUUUACUUUUAGAAAAUCUAAAAUAAGAAGUUAUUGGUGUAAAAAGAGUUGAUAAUAUUCACGAAAAUAUAAGUAAGCCUAAUGAUAAUGUUAAUAGUAUUGCUUUUGCACUUGGUGGUAAUGAUUCAAAUAAGACAUAAUUAAAUGAAUCUUAAAAAACUAUGACUAUUAAUGUUAGAGUUUAAUUUAUUACUUAACAAAUUAAUUAAGAUUUGGAAUGAUAAAAAAUUUAAUUAUAAUUUUUUU